ACGGAUGAUCAUAGCAGAAAACAUCAUCGCCAGCCAUUAUAUCAAGAGACGCGAAUGUUUCGGUGUCAACGUUACUGAGCUGAUUUGUACGCAAAAUGUACGAAGGGGAGUUUUCGAAGAUACUGAAUCCCCCUGAUGGGGAACAAAAUCCAUCACAAUUGCCGAAGAAUAUAGCGAUGUUCCUUGUAAAACUUUGGAGGCUUGUCAAUGAUCCGAAAACGGAUAAGUUCAUUUGCUGGUCGGCGGAUGGAAAAAGUUUCAUAAUCAAAGAUCCGGCAUUGUUUGCGAAAGAGUUAUUGCCACAUUAUUAUAAACAUAAUCAUAUGACUAGUUUCGUGCGACAACUGAAUAUGUAUGGCUUCCACAAGAAGGUAUCUCCAGAUCUAGGUGGGCUACGAUGUGAUAAGGAUGAGAUGGAAUUUGCACACCAGUACUUUUAUAAGGAAUGUCCUACUUUAAUGGCUUAUAUCAAGAGAAAGGCUUCAAGUAGCAAAACUUCAAAUCAAGAUACUGCAAAACAACCUUUCAAACCAGAAUUAAUGUCUAAAGUAUUAAUGGAAGUAAAAAGUUUACAAGGACGUCAAGAGCAGUUUGAUACUAAAUUAGGUACGAUGAAGACUGAAAAUGAGAUAUUGUGGAGAGAAAUAAUAUUGCUAAGGCAGAAGUCUAUGACACAACAAAAGGUCAUAAACAAACUUAUUCACUUCCUUGUUACCGUUGUACAAUCGAGGAGAGGCGGUCUCACUGUCAAGAGACGUUUGUACCCGUUAAUGAUAGACAAUUCAAAUCGUCCACGUAAGAAAAAUAAAUUGUCAGAGUCGCAAGCGUCACCCACUGGACCAGUAAUUCAUGAACUCGAUACAUCUGAGCCAGGGUUGGAUUCCGAAUAUAUUGCUGCUGACAUAAUGCAAAGUGGAACUCCAACUGUCCAGAGUCCGGAGUCUACCCAUGAAUAUGUUGAAAAACAGGAACCGGUAGGUAAUGAAGCUAACACAUAUGUUAAUCUAACAGAUCCUGGAAGAUUUUUGGAUGAGAUAGACAUGUCUGAUCUACCAGAGCUAGAUGAAACACAGAAAUGUACUUCCGAACACAAGAGGAAAACCAAGGUGCCUGUUAAAAUUUUGAUUCCACCUUUGGGAAAUGGAGAAAAACCAAGGGAAGAGUUACAUUUACUCGAAAUACCGGUCGAGGAGGAAGCACCAGUACCUAUUACUUUAUUGAACAACAAGUCGAUUGGUUCAAAGCCAGUACCCGUAGCGACGGUGCGCAGUUCGAAACUUACAGCAAUGGCAGCUAACAUGAAGAAAUCUCAGCAAAACAUUGAUCUAGAAGUAGAUAUGGAAGCUUCAGUAGAUCUAGAUGAUGAAACUUCAGACAAUGAUACUUCUAGUCCAGUGGAGUUUGAAGAUAUUCCAACAGUUUCGAAAGCAUCCAACAAUAAGAAUGCACGUAUUUACAAAAAGAAGCAAUUAAUCAUCGAUCGCAGACUUAAUAAAGGGAUUAACAAGGGAUUUAAUAAUAUUUAUGGUGGUAAAAGCGUUCUGAAAAAGAAUAGUAAAUGGCACGAGAAAGAUGCAGUGGUGAAACCUUUACAUGAGGAGAAAGAUAAUCACAACAUAGCGAGUACGAGCUCGUCCAAGGACUUGUCCUUGAGCUGUCUCAAUUCAUCCAGUACAUCUGAGACUAAUUACAGAGAUUUAGAUAAUCACCUGGAAUCGAUGCAAGCGGAGCUGGACAACAUUUGUGAUUUGCUGCAUACUGAAGGCUGCAGCAUUGAUGCCAAUGCCUUCCUUGGAUUAUUCGAUUCAGAAGAACCUAUGGCAUAUGGAAUUGCAGAUUUACCACUGAAUCCGGAAUUAAAUCCGGAAAGCGAUAAAGAGAUAGAAAAUCGUUUUCCCGAACCGGGAAACGGAUUCAAUCGUGGACUCAUGACGUAUAAUUCAUCAAACUAUGAUUUUGAGGAUAUAUUUUUACUUGAGGACCCAUCAUCUUCAUUGUCAGUGCCUGAAACUAUAAGUCUAGCUCCAGAGCAAAUGUCCAAUCCUGAUUCUUCAAAUUCAAAAGAGGAAGAAACACCUUCAUUUCUCGAGAAUUUUCAAUAAAAGGAUAUGAACUCAACGUAAAUUCUACUGUUUCUGUUUGUUUUUCAGUUAUAACAAAGUCACAAAAAUUUUAACUAUUUGGAUAGAAAUGGGAAAAUAAUGAAGUACAAUAUAUCGACGUUUGGAUGAAGCAUUCUACGAGAAAAUGAUUAGAAAAAAUAAGGGCAAAUUACGGCACUUCGUAUGGUUUCAUAUUGAUGCACUUUCAGAUACAUUCGGUGAACUACCAGCUUGACGGGAUCAUGAAGUUCGCAUACAUGUAUUUGUAGUCGAAUAGUAGCGAGUCGAAUCGAAUGUGUGUGUGAUCAAAAUACUAUUUUAACUUUCCUCUUGUUGUAACCCUCGUCACCAACAAAAUAGUACUAAAGACUAUUGGCCCUGACCAUAAAAUUUGAUAUGAGAGACAGGUUACGCUAUGUAUAUAUAAUAAUAAUCUCCUAUCGAUAUAUUUUAUAU